AAGCUUUAAUUUUGAAAAGGCUCAUUAUUUUGUGACGAUUAUGGGUAUAUCCGAAGAAGAUAUAAAAUUUUCUAAUGGUUGGUUAAAUGGAUUCAAACAAAGAAAUAAUUUAAAGGUGCAUAAAAUACACAAAGAGGCCAAUGAUGCGCUACUUGAAUUAUUACCAAAUAUGCGAGCCAAAUUAAGAACUUUAAUUGCAAAGUAUCGACCUGAAGAUGUAUUUAACACUGAUGAGACAGGUCGUGAACCUAAUGAAUAUAGCUCUAGCAAUAGUAAAACUGAUGAUACGGAUAUUAGUUAUAGUGAAACAGAUAACAUGAACAUUGGCGAUAGUAGUUAUAAGUAUAGUAUUUCUUAUGAUGUUAUAAUAAUCGAUGGCAUAUCUUUAUUUUCCUAUAGUUAUGACAUUUCUUCUAGUCAUAACCGUAGCAUUUCUCCCAGUAAUGACAAUUGCAAUAG